AUGCCAACAACAAUCCGACACCGUCUGUCCCGCCCUGCCUAUCGGCUUGUACCUCUCCCACGUCGGUCACCAACUAACGGCGUCAACCGUCCCCAUGAAAACCAAGAUCCGGGCACAAGCGAGGCGGAAGCUUGGCAUGCUCGGUGGAAGAACGUGAUGGACACACUCCCUGCGCAGAUCACUAGACAGCAGAUUGAGAAGAUAUCCAUAGGAGGAGCUAUCGGAACCGGACUCUUCCUCGGUCUCAACACUGCGCUGCAGCACGGCGGCCCACUAGGUCUCGUCCUCGGCUACGCGCUUAUGGGUACCGUCGUCUACUGCACGGUCAUCUCCUUUGGGGAGAUGGUCUCUUUCCAGCCCCACAUCGGGGGGCCGGUCGGCUUGGCGCAUCUGUACGUUGACGAGGCUCUUGCUUUUGCCCUGGGAUGGAACGCAUGGUAUAAUUGGACUAUUGUGCUCCCUGCGGAGAUUAGCGCUGCUGUAUUGCUGGUUGGAUAUUGGUCGGGAGGUAAUUAUGCUUGGGGCGUGACAGCCGCAUUCAUGGUUACUGUCUUACUCGCGAACUGUCUCGGCACGGCGUGGUAUGGUCGGUUUGAAGUCGGCUUCACCCGACUCAAAGUAGCCACGAUCCUCUUACUGAUCGUCAUGGGCCUCAUAAUCGAUGUCGGUGGCUCUCCCCGUGGGCCCCUCUGGUUUCGCUACUGGCAAGAUCCCGGGCUCUUCAACGGGCAGAUGUUCGCCCCCGGUGCGCUUGGGAACUUCCUCGGAUUCUUCAGCGUCCUCCUUCAAGCCGCAUUUUCCUUUUUUGGCAGUGAGGUACCUGCUAUCGCCGCGGGGGAAGUGGUGAACGCGGGGAAGAAUAUACCUAUUGCGCUGAAGUGGAUCUGGAUCAGAAUAACUCUUUUCUAUGUGAUUGGCGUGUUUAUAGUCUCACUCCUAGUUCCAUAUGACAAUCCCGACUUGAACAACACCAGCGGAACAGCAAGUCAAUCUCCCUUCGUCAUCGCCCUGAACCUCGCCUCCUGGCGCGGCCUCCCGCACGUUUUCAACGCCCUCUUUCUCGCCUCCGCCUGGUCCGCAGCAUCCUCCGAUGUGUACAUCUCUUCCCGGUUCAUGUUCAACCUCGCCCGGCUGGGCCACGCACCUCGGUUCAUGGGCUGGCUGUUCCAGCCAUUAGGGAGGGGGAAGAUCGCCAUUCCUUGGGUUGGAAUUGCUGUUGCCGGACUUUUUAGCGGAUUAGCGUUGAUGCAAGACGGAGGCGGCCAGACUGCUGAGACGUUCCAUUGGCUCUCAUCCAUGACAAGCGCAGCGGCGCUACAGGCCUGGAUUGGGAUCCUCUUUACUUACAUUCGAUGGUAUCAGGGAACCAGGCGUGCGAUCCAGGACGGCCAACGGAGAAGAGAAGAUUUCCAUCGGCACUGGCUUCAACCAUAUGCCGCGUAUUACGCCUUUGGAAUGUGCUGUCUCGUCCUGGUUUCAAAUAGUUGGGCGGUGUUUGUGGCCACUGAUUGGCGGCUUGCCUUGGGACCAGGGGAGACAUGGCCGCCUGCUUUCGACUCGACCGCCGAGUACCAGGCCGUUUCUGGCCCAGUCGUGCCUAUUUUCAUUACAUCCUAUCUCCCGAUCCCUGCUUUUCUCAUUCUGCUCUUUGGCUACAAACUCGUCUACCAAACGAAAAUGGUGAAGGUCGAAAAUAUGCCGUCGCAUCUUAGUUACCAUAUUUCUGAAGAGGAGGUCGCGGAGGAACCAGAGCCGGACUACGCUAGCAUGCCUAUGUGGAAACGCUAUGGGUUGUAUGCUUUGAAUAUCGUAUCUUGA